CUGAAGAAGACCCAAGUAGCUCAGUGCAAGCCUUCAACAUCAAUGGCUGGUCAACCUGUUUUCGUUCUGUUUAUAAGUUUUCUGAUGUUCCACAAACGUGUUGCUCAGCAUUGUGGUACAAACAGUUACUCCAUUUAUCAAAUGAUGCUCAAAGGACACACCUACAUGAGAAUCAAGGCCAGGCCAGGCUCACUUGACUGUAAACAGGCCUGUGACUCUGAUGUCAGAUGCCAGAGCUAUAACUACGUCAUGUUCCAAGACAUAUGUGAGUUGAAUACCAGAACCAAAGAGGCCAGGCCAGACGAUUUUAUCAAGAGUAGUGACAGAUAUUACGUAACAAAAGCCCCAUACAGAGGUAGGGAAAUUCAAACCGAAAUACAUUUAUUUUUAAAACCACGCGUUCAUGUAACUAAUAUGGAAGAAGCAGAGAACUGAAUCUCGCAUUCGCAUUGGCAGUCGUUGGAACAUCUUUGUCAAUGUUCGGAAUGGUCAAGAUAAUUCAGUUAUUUAUUGUAUCAAUCACCAGUCGUCGGUAAAUCUUCGGAAAUUCAAGUUAGAUAGUAAAGAAAACCUCAAUCAAAGAACUCAAAACUUUAAAAAAUAUUGAGGCAAAGGGAAAUAAAAGCAGUAUAAAUGCUGAAAACGGUAUAAAUUGCCCAGAAAUAGCAAAAAAGCGCACAAAAUUGAACAUGAAUUUAAUUUAGCUGUGGUUUGUUUUAUCUCCAGGGCGCCUAGGUUCCAUUCCCGAGCUUUCUGCUGAAUCGUGCGCAGAGAUCAAAGCAAGUGAAGGAGAACAUGCGGUCAGUGGUGAAUACUGGUUGGAUCCAGGGGGAUCUGGGACCUCACAUAUUGUACAUUGUGACAUAAACACGUCAACGCCAAGUAGGUCGUUCUGGUAACUGCACUGGUGUCCUUACCGUCUGUGGGGCGGUAAAACACCUUAAGUAAAGUACUUCAAAUAUGAUUUAGCAUGCAUAUCGCAUGCAUUACCAAAAUUACAUGGUUGUCUGCAAUAUUGUGGGGGAGGGGGAGGGGGAGGGGGAGGGGGGGAAUGGGAGAGCCCCCAUGUAUGAAUGCCGAAGGUGUCUGUCUUAGUGUACGUUACGGCUUUUUCUUACCCGCAGAGGUGUCGCUCUAUACUGCAAAAAAAUCCAAGGGGUUUACGCUUGUGCGAAAUGAAACAUGUGGUAAAUCCACAAAUUUACUGCAGUCGAUAAGAGCAAACAGAAAAUUUCUCAUUCAACUGCGUAAUGUCUUACCUGAGCCCCCCAUACGUACAUUGAGAAUUGGUCAUAGUUCUAAAGGAUGCACCAUACUAACUAUUAACUAUGGAUCAUUGUUUCUGCUUUGCAGUCGCCGACUAUUGUAAAAACCACCACUGUCCGAAAAAUGCAACAUGCACAAACAGUUGCGAGUCUUUCAUGUGUAGGUGCAACUCACCGGGGUGGACUGGAGAUCAAUGCGACAAAGGUAUACGCACAGCUGUAGAU